AUGUCAGAAGAUGAAACAAUAAUGGACUUAAACAGUCAUGAGAAUAAAAGAGAAGUUAUGGUUUAUCCCCAGGCAGCAGCUCGCAAUUCAGUUUUUGAAGCGAUCCGGGAGAUGAAACAAAGUGGAAGCACUUCACCAAACUUCACUUCCAUAACGAACAUUAUAAUCCUGUUUACAGGCUUUUACUUGAAUGUUUAA